CAAGUUGCGGUGGUGUGCGAAGAGCUAGGGAUGCAAAGUACCAUGUUCCUGGCUGUUCAGCACGACUGCGGAGCUAUGGACAAGAGCGCCGGCAACGUCCCUAAGAGCGAGGAGAAGCGGGAGAAGAUGAAACGGACCUUGUUAAAAGAUUGGAAGACACGAUUGAGCUACUUCUUGCAAAAUUCUUCCACUCCUGGGAAAUCCAAAACUGGCAAGAAAAGCAAACAGCAAGCUUUCAUCAAGCCUUCCCCGGAGGAAGCCCUGCUGUGGUCAGAAGCCUUCGACGAGCUGCUGGCCAGCAAAUAUGGGCUGGCUGCAUUCAGAGCUUUCUUAAAAUCUGAAUUCUGUGAAGAAAAUAUAGAAUUCUGGCUGGCUUGUGAAGACUUCAAAAAAACAAAAUCGCCCCAGAAGCUGUCGUCCAAGGCAAGGAAGAUCUACAUGGACUUCAUAGAGAAGGAGGCCCCGAAAGAGAUCAACAUAGACUUUCAAACCAAGAGUCUUAUUGCCCAGAAUAUACAAGAAGCUACCACUGGCUGCUUUACGACGGCCCAGAAGAGGGUGUACAGCCUGAUGGAGAAUAACUCUUACCCCCGAUUCUUGGAGUCCGAGUUCUACCAGGACUUGUGUAAAAAGCCUCAGAUCACCGUGGAGCCACGAGCCACAUGAGACUGCUCGGGACGCACUGGAGUGGAGGACGUUUCUUUGUUUCCUUAGGGGGAAGGCCGUGAGCUGCCAGGGACUGGCCUUGAAUUCAGCCUGGGUGUCUAGGAAACAUCGCUCAGAACUAUUGAUUCCACACUGGGUGGAGAGGCGGGAGGCCUGCGACUGUCUGGAAGAAGCUUGUCUGAGCUCAGCUUCCAGCACUGUACAGACGCAGGGAGGGACCCGUGGUCCGCGGCGUGCCUCACCAGAAGGCACGGACGUGAGACAGAUAAUGCUGUGAUACUGUGGAUCCCAAUGCAUUUAAAAUCAAUAGGUCUGGGAUUAUGUGGCCUUAGCUAGCUGGCUGAACAUCUUCCCUGAAUCGGUCCAUGUUACCACAUAGUGGCUUUAGCUUUAGGUUUUGAGUCCUAACAUGAACAUGUUUACUGUGUGCAAGAGUGUUGACCUUCUUGUACUUCAGAUCAUCUGUACUCACGCACUGCUGCACCUGCAGUGGAGUGUUUGACCUGUUGACCUGGUGUGUGAAACUGAGUGAGUGCCCAUGUGUGGAGAACCAGUGUCCAUUACGAGUGCCAAAAACUGUCUCGCAGGCAGCUAAACUCUGAAGUGGUCUUUGCAUAUUUUAAUAAAUUUAUUUUGCUAA